CACGCGAAUUUGGAGAGAAUUCCACAUCGACGCCGCUCUUGACGCUGACGAUCAAUCAAAAAAGCCGACAAAAUGACUAACGUAUCCUCCGACCUCAUCUGGGAAAUCACCCGCCAGAACAACUCCUUCCUGUUCAAGCGCAGGGGCAAUGGAGGCAUCCAGCUCUCCCGGGACCCUCUCAACCCGGUGAACAAGCAGUCUCGGAAGUACAACGGCUUCGUCAACGAGAAGGCUGUCGGUGUCCAGCCCGCUGAGAAGGGCGGUGUCGUCGUCACCACCAAGAACGCGAAGAAGGUCAACACACCUGCUGCCAGCUACAGCACCAGCACCAUUGGCCCCAACACCUCCAACCGCAAGACCUACAAGGCCAUUGCCAACAUCACCUCCAAGAACAGCUACCGCCCCGACAUCCGUGCUGAGGCUAUUGCCCGUGCCAGCGCCAUCAAGCUGAGCCAGCGCCCCAAGAAGGACGCUGCUGAGAGCAAGCCCCGUGGUGCUAAGGCCAAGAAGACCGAGGAGUCUGCUUAAAUUAUGAGGUCGAAUAAGUAGGCGGGGGAAGAAAAAGAGUGUAUGUUAGACCCGACGUUCUCUGUGAGAGAUGUCGGUAUUCAUCAUCUAUCAAUCACAAGCAUAAAAUUUGAACCAUCUACCUCUCGCGUCCGCUGCUACUUGCUAUCACAAAGGUGUCCGAGUGUCAUGUUGUCAUGUUCGUGCCCGGGGUCCUUUGUGGAGACAAAUGAUUCUCCCGUUUUCAAAGGUCGGCGCUCGCUGAAUCAACGUCCGAAAUCAAUCGUCGCUUUCCCGCAGCUACAGUCUAGAUUAAAUUGAGACCAUCCCUUACGG